UUCAGUGAGGACAAGGAAACACCAUCCACUAUGUGCAACACCUCACCUUCCUCUCCUCUCUCUUUCUCCCACUCUAAUAAGUCCCACCUCUUUGCCACCAAUAAACUCAUGGAGGAUCCUCCUCUUGACCCCCUUCAAGAUCUCCAAAGAUGGCCUACACCUUCACAGGUGGUGGAGGAAAUGAGAGCCAUAGGGAAGAUAUCCAUACCUACGGCUUUAACAGGCCUGAUCAUCUACUCCCGUGCCAUGGUGUCGAUGCUGUUUCUUGGUCACCUCGGCGAGCUCGAGCUGGCAGCUGGCUCUCUCUCCAUCGGGUUCGCCAACAUCACCGGCUACUCGGUCCUCUCCGGCCUUGCCAUGGGCAUGGAGCCCAUCUGCGGCCAGGCCUUCGGUGCCAAGCAGCGCAAAAUCCUGGGCCUCACCCUCCAGAGAACCAUUCUCCUCCUCCUUUCCACCUCCGUGCCCGUCUCCUUCCUCUGGCUCAACAUGAGGAGGAUUCUUCUGUGGUGUGGGCAGGACGAGCAGAUAUCCUCGACGGCGCAGACCUUCAUCGCCUUCGCCAUCCCCGACCUCCUCUUCUUGUCGUUCCUCCACCCUAUCAGAAUCUAUCUGAGGUCUCAGAACAUCACCUUGCCGGUCACCUACUGCUCGUUCGUCUCGGUCGUCCUCCACGUGCCAUUGAACUAUCUCCUCGUGGUGCGCUUGAAGAUGGGCAUCGCCGGCGUGGCCGUGGCAAUGGUGUGGACUAAUCUGAAUCUGUUCGUCUGCUUGCUUCUCUUUAUACUGUUCUCGGGCGUGUACAAGGGCUCAUGGGUCAGCCCCAGCACUGACUGCCUCAGGGGGUGGUCGCAGCUGCUUAAACUCGCCAUCCCCACAUGCGUGUCGGUGUGUCUGGAAUGGUGGUGGUACGAGCUGAUGAUAAUGAUGUGCGGCGUCCUCGUCAAUCCCAGAGCCACGGUUGCCUCCAUGGGCAUACUGAUCCAAACGACGUCGCUGGUGUACGUCUUCCCGUCGGCCUUGAGCCUCGGGGUGUCGACCCGGGUGGGCAACGAGCUGGGAGCCAACCGUCCGGCCAGAGCCCGGAGGGCCACCAUCGUGUCGUUGACCGUCGCAGUCGUGCUCGGCCUCGCCGCCAUGGCGUUCACCACUUCGAUGAGGCAUCAGUGGGGGAGGCUGUUCACCGACGACGCGGAGAUACUGGAGCUCACCGCGGUGGCGCUGCCGAUCGCCGGGCUGUGCGAGCUGGGGAACUGCCCGCAGACGACCGGCUGCGGCGUGCUGCGGGGGAGCGCGAGGCCGACCACGGGGGCCAACAUCAACCUCGGCUCGUUCUACCUGGUGGGGACGCCCGUCGCCGUCGUGAUGGGCUUCGUGGUGGGAAUGGGGUUCCCGGGGCUGUGGCUGGGGCUGCUGGCAGCGCAGGCGUCGUGCGCUUCGCUCAUGGCAUACGCCAUCUGCAAGACGGAUUGGAUGGUGGAGGUAGAGAGAGCGAGAGUCCUGACGACAGCAUCCAACUCUUCGUCCUCCGCCUUGUCUUCUUCUUCCUAUUUCAUUUCUACCAGAGUUGACAGCAAUGCCACUACCAUCGACGCACCAGCUGCCACCGAAGAUUCGAAGCAGACAGCAGCAAUCUUGGAAGAGAUCGUGUGCAUUGGCACGGAUGCUGGGAGACAAGCGGCAUCAGAAACAGAUCCAUUCAUUUCCCAAGUGGAGUGAGAAUACGAGUGUGAAUCUUUUUGCCGAGGCCUCUUACAAGCAGCAGCUCUCAGUACUCUCGAGUCCAUCUACUCAUUCCAUUUAGCGUACGGUUUGAGAUUAUACGCGGAACGUAAAAUUUUUGCAUCACUGAGUCCAUCUUGUCAUUCCAUUCCAUUAGCUAAUGCCUGCAACUGCUGCCGGCUAAUUCUUCCUCCCUCCAUGUCUGAUUCCCAUGAAAGGAACAGGUUGUUCCCAUUGGAGAACUAGUUGUUCUUGACUACAAGUCCGUCAUGUACUUACUGAAACUUUUCUCAUGAAAGUCAAUGCAUUAGCAACUUUUUUUAU